GACGGGCGAGACGCCCCCCAGACGCCGCCGCCGCCGCGAUGGGCAAGAAGGGCGAGCGGGGCGCCAAGGACAAGAGCGCCGCGCAGGAGGAGGAAGCGCGCUUGGCGGCUCGCAGGGCCGAGCACGGAGAAGAGGAGUACGUCUGCAGCGGCGCCCUGGAUCUGGACUUCCCGGAGCUCUGCGCGCGGGCGGGGCUGCAGGAGGCGCCGCGCGUGGUCAGCCGCCCCCACCCGCCCGCCGGGGCCCCCCUGGAGGAGGCGGAGGCGGCGGGGGUCCCGGCGGGGGAGCAGCGGGAGGCGCUGCCGGCCCUCGCCCAGAUCCAGGCCAAGUACGCCUACUUCCGGCCCUGCGUGCAGGUGGAGCUGGAGCACGAGGACCCCAAGAGCGCCCGCGAGGUCUUCAUCCGCAGUUGGAAGAUCGAGGAGAAGAUGCUGGGGGUCCUGGGGAAGUGCCUGCCGGCCCUCGCCCACCUCCAGGCCCUCCACCUCUGGAAGGUCGGCCUGACUGACGCCACUUUCCUGGCCCUGCUGCCCGUAUUGGCCGCCUGCGUCAACCUCAAGACCUUCGUCUUGGAAGGGAACCCCCUGCCCGAGCGCUCCUUUUUCAAGCUGGUUUCGGAGGAGAGCAGCUUGGCCCACCUGUCCCUGCGGAACAACUGCAUGGACGACCAGGCGGUGCUGCUGAUCGGCCAGGCGCUCUCCUCGCUCCGCAGCUCCAACAAGAACCUGGUCUCCAUCAACCUGAGCUACAACCACAUCACGGACGUCGGGGCCACCCACCUCGCCAACGUGAGGCCGCUGGGAACGGUCUCCCGGGCUCUGCUUGGCCGGCUGCCUUCCCCGUUGAUGGGGGGUGGGGGGAGCUGCCCGUUGAGUCCGGCCUCAGGGGCUCCUUCCUCCAUGCAGGGCCUGCGCCUCAACCGGUCCCUGCUGUCCUUGUCGUUGGCACAUAACCAGAUCGGGGACGAGGGAGCCCUGAAGCUGGCCGAGGUGCUCGGCCCCUUCGCCCUCACCCACACGGAGGUGGUGGAGCGCCGGCGGCUGCUGCUGGAGAAGGAGGCCCAGGAGAGAGGGCGCCUGCCCCCGAGACACUCGGAUCCGAAAAGCGACCGUCCCACCAGCCACGUCAGCAGCACCGCCAUUGACAAGCUGCAGGGCGCCAAGGGGGCCAAGUCCAUGGUCAAGAAGAAGGAACUCACCAAAAAGGAGGAGAAGGGCCCAGUGGGCGGAGCGGCUCCCGCACAGCCACCGGCGGCACCAGCAGCCCAGGCCAAGAAGGAGGAUGCCAAGCAGUCCAAGAAAGCCGUUCCCCCGGUGGACCCCAAGGCGAAGGGGGCCAAGGGGGUGAAGCUGGGCUCCAAGGACAAGCGCUCCCAGGUCCUGGAAGUGGAGCAGAUCCUGGAGCCCACCGAGAUGCUGAACCCGCUGCUGGAACAAGCCGAGCACCGCGACGGGCAGGUCUUCCUCCAUGGCAACCGCGUUCUCAUCUACCUGAACCUCAUGCGCAACCACAUCUCGGAGAACGGCCUGAAGGGCUUCCUGGCCACGGUGGAGUACCAGGCCAGCCGGAUCCUCCCUGGGGCCAAGGGGCCCACCGGCCUCCUGCGUCUCUCUCUGGCGAAAAACACCUUCCCGGCUGAGAGCAAGACCUACAGCAGGAUCCAGGAGCUCAUGGGCCCCCGAGACCCCCUGCCCAGGGCCAGGACAGAGGAGGAGCAGCUGGCCGCUGCCCUGUGAGCCUCUCCCCGAGGAUGCUGCACCCAGAAGCUCCCAGCCAAGCCUCCUGGGCAGAGAAGCCCCUUCCUCACUCGGAGGCUGGAAGGACGGAGGCCUCCCUUCCUCCCAUUAAAAGUUUUCCUUCUGCCUAAAAAGUUCUGCCUGGGG